AUGGAGGAGGUGAUGGAGGAGGUGAUGGAGGAGGUGACAGAGGAGGUGACAGAGGAGCUCAGUCCUACAGCCAACAGCCCUCCAGAACAACCCACCAUCACUUCCCACUCCGCACACUCCUCGCCAGCGCACCACGCCUCCUAUCAGCCACACUCCUGCGAGACGGUGGGGAGCUACUGCGACCUGAGACCCUGCGCUCCCCCUAAGCCCCCAACCAAAAGCUAUGUGGAGAGGCUCCGCGUGGAAGAGGGGAGGGAGGAGGGGGUGAGGGUGGACGGGGAUGGGCUGUUCAGUAUGCCGCAAGUGGAGAGCGCCUCUUCCUUCAGGCCGUCCAGGUUUGAAUCCUGCCUUUUACCGGUGGAGAACAAACCGCUGGAGAUGAUAGUUCUGAAGAAAGUCAAAGAGCUUCUGGCUGAAGUGGACGCACGGACAACAGCCAAACACAUCACAAUCGUUGACUGCAAGGUUGCUAGAAUAUUAGGAGUCAGCGUAGAGCAGCAAAGGAUGAUGGGAGUGUCGUCGGGGCUAGAGUUACUGACGUUGCCCCACGGACAACAGCUCAGACUGGAUCUGCUGGAGAGAUUCUACACCAUGUCCAUAAUGACGGCGGUGGAUUUGCUGGGCUGCACGGGAAGCACAGAGGAACGUGCUGCACUGCUCCAUAAAACCAUCCAGUUAGCAGCCGAGCUCAAGAGCAGCAUGGGUAACAUGUUUGGUUUCGCAGCUGUAAUGAGGGCCCUGGAGCUUCCACAGAUUUCCCGCCUCGAGCAAACAUGGACCACGCUACGGCAAAGACACACAGAGGGCGCCAUUUUGUACGAGAAGAAACUCAAGCCUUUCUUAAAGAAUAUCAAUGAUGGAAAAGACUCCAGUGCCCUAUCCAACACCACGUUCCCCCAUGUCAUCCCAGUGCUGUCUUUGCUGGAGAGGGGCGUGGCUCUGGCGGAGGGUCUGGAGGCCUGGGAGAGUGCGGAGGUCGGGGUGGACGUAGUCAUGCAUCACCUGGAAGCAGCUCGGACCAUCGCUCACCACGGAGGGAUCUACACCAGCAACACCCAGACCAAACUGCAAGAUUUCCAGGAGCGAGGAGAGAUCGGUGAAAUCUUUCAGACUGAGUUUCAGAUGCGUCUGCUGUGGGGCAGCCGUGGCUCCGAGGGCAGUCAGUCAGAGCGCUAUGAAAAGUUUGACAAAGUGCUAACUGCGCUGUCACACAAGCUGGAGCCUCCUGUCCGUCACAGCGAACUAUAG